CCAGGGGAACUCGUAGCCUAUUAAAAAAUAAUAACAAAAAUCCGUAGUGAAAGUAUCCUAGAGCCAGUUUGCUUUUCUUUAUUUACUAGAGCAGGUCUACCGCUUUGAAAAUGCAUUUAUCAAAUUCGCUUGUAUGCUUUACAAAGUAGAUAUAAAGACGUUUGCAAAGGGCACACUGUGGAAUUAAUUUCUAAAACGAUGUUCUUUCUUUCUACGCACACAAGGUUUCGUCGAAUUUAACCGACAGAAGAAUCAGGAAAAAGGAUUUGUCCUUUUUUCCGGUUUGUUUCUUUUUGCAGUGAGACUAGGAAAUAAGGAGAAUAUACCACAAAAACUGGAACACAAACAUACGCGUUUGUGAGAGAGAAGGGGUUAAAAAGAACAUUUGGAGUUUCACUAUGGAAGAAAAUGAUCACAGCAACAUAGAUGUGGAGCGCCAGGACUCGGGCGAUGAGUCCAAUAGAGAUAUUUUACCCCUGUUGCAGGCUCCUGGAAACCUACUCCCUCACAGAAUCACCAACUUUUACAUCGACAACAUUUUGCGACCGGACUUUGGUCGCAGGAAAGAAGGAACAAGGCGUGACGAAAAUCAUAUAGUUGGAAGAGAGAAGCGCUGUCCAUCGGUUCCCGGAUCAGGGCAGGUGUCAGGGGAAGGACCCUCGAGCCCUCCUCCAGGGAGAGCGUCUAAAAACCCUGAUAUUACCGCAGACACAACUCUGAAACCCCGUGCAGAGACCGGAGAUCAGUGUUUCAGCUCAGACUCGGAUAGCUCGCAAAGUAACACCGCGCAGACGAACCAGCCGAUACUUUGGCCGGCUUGGGUUUAUUGCACAAGAUAUUCAGACAGACCUUCAUCAGGACCAAGAUCCCGCAAACCAAAGACGACAAAUCCAGCCAAGGAAGACAAGCGUCCGAGAACAGCCUUCACAGCGGAGCAACUCCAGAGACUCAAGAACGAGUUCCAGAAUAACCGUUACCUGACGGAGGAGAGGAGACAAGCUCUGGCCCAGGAACUCGGCCUCAACGAGUCCCAAAUCAAAAUCUGGUUUCAAAACAAAAGGGCGAAGAUUAAAAAAAUCGUCGGGGAGCAAAAACUCACUUGCAUUGCACCUAAUGGCACAGGGACUAUACAAUCACGCCACAACAACAAAGGACGACAAAUCAGACAGUGAUUAACGUGAAGGACAGGACAUCUGAAAUGCAAUAAUUCUAAACAAGGGCCAGUGUACAAAAUACCAGCAUUUAACAGAUGAAAACUUUAUGUAUGAGAUUUGAUUCUGCAAUAUUAUGUAUAUAUAGCCUAUAUACUUUGUGUACAGUGGUGUAAAACGUUUUCUAUUGGUAUCACUGCUGCACACAUACUGAAACGUCAGAUAUAGUGCGCGAGGAAAAGGACGCUUCUUUAUUUAAAAAAGGGGCGUGAUUUAAUCAACACUUGACGUUGAGCCACAAGUUUAAACCAUGCUGAAGUCCAAAGAUUUUUCCUGGUGCAUUCAGGCGACUGUGAUUUAAAAUAAAUAAAUGGUAAAAAUGUUUUAUCUGAUUUAGAUUUUUAUUUCCAUUAAUACUUUUAUUGUGAAUGUUUUACUCUAUUGAUGUGUUAACAGAGACAUGGUAUUUCAAAAAGACAACAAUGCAUAUCAUCAUAUCAUGCUUACAGUAAUUCAGUAUAUUGUAUUAAAAAAAAAUCAAUGGUCUAGAAACUAUCUGUCAAGGAUAGAUUUCACAUUUUCAGGAAAUGGAUCAGACUCUGAAUGCAUUCAAUUCAGUAAACCUCAAAACUACACUUCUAAUGCAAGUAUAGCCUACUUGACUUGAGUUGCUUUGUGUUAAAUUUAGCUGGGAAUGUACAAUAAAAGUUUUCUCAUCUUCAUUUUCCAAAUGGACAUUCGACAAUUGUUUUUUUUUUUAAAUGGUUGAAAGUUUCUUUUUUAGCUAAGUAACAAUCAUAAAAUGUUGUUUGAAAAUUACCACUUAAAAUUG